AUGGCAUCUACCAAGGAUAGCGGUCUCGACCAGCUUGCCAUGUUCGAGCUGCGCUUCAAGUACAUCUGCACCAUGCACAGCAAGGGCGAGACUGAAGCUGCAGAGACCAAGGCUCUGGAGCUUCUUGCUGAGCCGCGACUUGGACGUCUUCACAAGGCAGGAAUGCACAUGAGACUUGCCACAUCUGAGACCGACUUCGUUCAUCACAGACUUAAAGCUGUGAGACUCUUCGGUGAGGCCCUCCAGGGAGAGAUGACUGCGUCCCAGCGAGCCUCUUUGGAGUACUGGCAUCCUGAGGCCAAGAAGUUGCUGGAGGAGGCUCGCAGCGAUCAGAGUGCUAUUACCCGCGAAAUCAACAAGAAACUCGAGAGUGGCAUGACUAUGGGCCAAAUCCAGGACGCUCAGCUUAGUGAAAUGUACGACCGCCUGCGGGCAGAUGCUGAGGCCGAGGGCGAGUCUUCGGCGCCUCCAUCCAGCCAAAUCCCUGGUUUGACCGACGAGUCUCAGCCGACCACAGUCGACGACCCCUCGCAGCGCAUUGACGACCUUCCGGGAGUGGAAGUGAUGGAGACCAGCUCCCCUCCUGCUGAUCUCAUGGAUCGUGAUACCGACAAGCAGGACCCUCAAGGUUCUUUGUAG